AUGGCAGAAUGGAGCAACCUCAAUACCCUUAUGUUUGUUGCCUGCAUUGCAGCUUUCUUCUUGGCAGCUACUGAUGUGUCUGCACAGAUGGCCCCGGCGCCGGCUCCUUCAAUGGACACUGGAGCAGACCACGUACUUCUAAAAGACAAUAGACUUGGUUUCAAAGUACCUCUACUUCACUGGUUAUCCACUGAAUCCCCAUUCUACGAACCCAACCUAACUCUUGCAGAGCUUACGCAGGCCUCCAUACGUACUUCUGGUGCCAGGGGCGACUCCAUACGCAGUAUUAUGUCAGGGAACAUCACAAGCUCCAUGAAAUAUCCUAUUUCACGAAUGAGUUAUACAGACAAGGCUUAUGUAAUGAAAUUUAGCAUCGGAAGUCCUGCUGUGGACACAUAUGCAAUUCCUGACUCUGGUAGUUCUCUUGUUUGGUUACAAUGCGGCACCCCUUAUUGCAGAAACUGCUACAGGCAAAAGAUUCCCCUGUUUAAUCCAAGCAAGUCAGUAACUUAUAUGAAAAGACUCUGUAAUACUGCUGAGUGCAGAGUUGCUCUAGGCGAUGAGUAUUGGAGAUGCAAAAAGCCUAAUCAAAUAUGUAAAUACCAUGAAGAUUACCUUGAUGAUUCCUAUACAGAGGGAGUUAUUUCUACAGACAUUUUCACAUUUCCUGAACACAUUUCAGGAUUUGGUAAUUACACAUUGAGAAUUAUAUUCGGAUGUGGGUAUAAUAAUUCAGAUCCUCAACACUUUUAUCCUCCAGGACUGGUAGGCUUGACAAAUAAUAAGGCUUCUUUAGUCGGACAGAUGGACGUCGAUCAAUUCUCAUACUGUGUGUCAAUAGAUACUGAACAAAAUCUGAAAGGUAGCAUGGAAAUCCGGUUCGGUUUAGCAGCUAGUAUUUCUGGGCAUUCAACUCAAUUAGUACCAAACAGUGACGGAUGGUAUAUCUUCAAAAACGUAGAUGGGAUCUAUGUGAAUGAAUUUGAAGUAGAGGGAUAUCCUGCCUGGGUAUUCAAGUACACUGAAGGAGGCCAGGGAGGGCUGACGAUGGAUACAGGAACAACAUAUACAGAACUUCACAAUUCAGUUAUGGAUCCUCUAAUCAAGUUACUAGAAGAGCACAUUACAAUAGUUCCUGAAAAAGACUACAGCAAUUCUGGUUUUGAGUUGUGUUAUUUUUCAGAUGAUUUUCUUGGUGCUACUUUGCCUGAUAUUGAGCUCAGGUUUACAGAUAACAAAGACACUUACUUUUCGUUCAAUACCAGAAAUGCUUGGACCCCAAAUGGUCGCAGCCAGAUGUGUUUGGCUAUGUUUAGAACCAAUGGCAUGUCUAUUAUUGGGAUGCAUCAGCUGAGGGAUAUUAAAAUUGGGUAUGAUUUGCAUCACAAUAUUGUUUCUUUCACUGAUGCAUUUGGAUGUAAAAUUUGA